AUGGGGGUCGUCGCUGGUGCCAGCCUCGUGCUCUGCGGCCUGCUGCAGCUGCUUCUGGCCCCACACAGCCUUGGCCGCAUCCCUGAGUCCAGAGGGCACCUCUGCAGGACGCGGCCCACGGACCUGGUGUUUGUCGUCGACAGCUCUCGCAGCGUGCGGCCUGUGGAAUUUGAGAAGGUGAAGGUGUUCCUGUCUCAGGUCAUCGAGUCGCUGGACGUGGGACCCAAUGCCACCCGGGUGGGUUUGGUCAACUAUGCCAGUGCCGUGAAGCAGGAAUUCCCGCUGCGGGCCCACAGCUCCAAGGCUGCGCUGCUGCAGGCCGUGCGCCGCAUCCAGCCGCUGUCCACCGGCACCAUGACUGGUCUGGCCAUCCAGUUCACCAUCAGCAAGGCCUUCAGCGACGCCGAGGGCGGUCGCACCAGGUCUCCCGACAUCAGCAAGGUGGCCAUCGUGGUGACCGACGGGAGGCCCCAGGACAGCGUGCGGGACGUGUCUGCGCGGGCCAGGGCCAGCGGCAUCGAGCUCUUCGCCAUCGGCGUGGGCCGCGUAGACAAGGCCACGCUGCAGCAGAUCGCCAGCGAGCCGCAGGAAGAGCACGUCGACUACGUGGAGAGCUACAGCGUCAUCGAGAAGCUGUCCAGGAAGUUCCAGGAGGCCUUCUGCGUGGUGUCAGACCUGUGUGCCACAGGAGACCACGACUGUGAGCAGGUGUGCAUCAGCUCCCCGGGCUCCUACACCUGUGCCUGCCGUGAGGGCUUCACCCUGAACAGUGAUGGCAAGACCUGCAAUGUCUGCAGCGGUGGUGGUGGCAGCUCGGCCACUGACCUGGUCUUCCUUAUUGAUGGAUCCAAAAGUGUGCGGCCAGAGAACUUUGAGCUGGUGAAGAAGUUCAUCAACCAGAUUGUGGACACACUGGAUGUGUCAGACAGGCUGGCCCAAGUGGGGCUGGUGCAGUACUCCAGCUCUGUGCGCCAGGAGUUCCCACUGGGUCGCUUCCACACCAAGAAGGACAUCAAGGCAGCUGUGAGGAAUAUGUCCUACAUGGAGAAGGGCACCAUGACUGGGGCUGCCCUCAAGUACCUCAUCGACAAUUCCUUCACUGUGUCCAGCGGGGCUAGGCCUGGUGCCCAGAAGGUUGGCAUCGUCUUCACUGAUGGCCGGAGCCAGGACUACAUUAAUGAUGCUGCCAAGAAGGCCAAGGACCUUGGCUUUAAGAUGUUUGCUGUGGGUGUGGGCAAUGCCGUGGAGGACGAGCUGAGGGAAAUCGCCUCAGAGCCCGUGGCAGAGCACUACUUCUACACGGCUGACUUCAAGACCAUCAACCAGAUCGGCAAGAAGUUGCAGAAGAAGAUCUGUGUCGAGGAAGACCCAUGUGCCUGCGAAUCCCUUGUGAAAUUCCAGGCCAAAGUGGAGGGGCUGGUGCAGGCCCUGACCAGGAAACUGGAAGCUGUGAGUAAGAGGCUGGCCAUCCUGGAGAACAGAAUUGUGUAAGGCUGCCUGUCCCCACCACGGCCUGUCUGUCUUCCACCCAGAGCACAGUUCAGAGAGUCCUGUGUGCAUCCUCUGUAGCCCUGAGUUUAGUCUAGCUUUGCCAUUUUAGUGAGGGGCAUUUGGGAGGGACUGGGCACUGGGAUGGUACCAGCCCCCCCAGCCCCUGCCUUCCUGCCAGCCUAGGAGUGGGAGGAGUGUGUCUGAGCAUGUCUGUUGGGAAUGUGUGACAGUGUUAGGGAGCAUGUGUAUGUCAUGUGUGUGCGCAUGUGCCUGAGGGCAGAUGUGUGUGUGGGAGCAGGAUGGUGUGUGCUUGAGUGAGAACGCAAGGGUGAGUGUGAGAGGGACUGUGUUCGUACGAUUUUCCAAUCAAAAGCUUAAUAUAUUCCUCCUUUUUUUGGUUAACCCUUUCUUGACUCUGAGUGCUGUGAUCUCUUUUCUGAUUUCUCUAU